AUGACUAGUACAUUGAAAGAACUAGGUGAUUCUAUGCAAACUAAAUCAAAUUUAGGCGUCAUCUCAAGCGCGAAUGUUGUGGCGUCGGCGUUGCACGAUGUUCGCUUAUGCGCAUUGUCCAACGUGCAUUCACACCUUUUAGCACGAUGUAAAGUCUACUUAAAGAGCCAUUACACGCCUGCACAAGUCGCUUCUUUUGCCUCCAAUCAGGAAGCAUCAUUUCACAAGCUGUUUACUCAGCGCGACACACGACUGUCCAUCUUUUUCGGCAGUUCGGACAUGAUCAGCAUGUUUUCGGGACUUCACUCGACAAUAUGCGACAUUGCGAACUAUAUGGACAUCGUAUGUAUGGCUCUGACAGGGGCUUUCGCGGCAGCUGAAGCGGCGAUGACUUCAGACAACCAUAUACCGUUUACCACUGGACUUCUAGCGACUGGAGUCAUAGCCGAGCAGGUCUACGAAGUCAUCGCGCAGGUGCUUAUCGACAAUGACUUCGAGAUCCUAACCGAAGGCGGCUUCGGAGCACGCCAACCAUUAUGGAAGCGGAUCUCGAGCGUUUCCAAGGACGGCCGUAGAUCCCUCUCUCCAUCAACGGGCGCACCAGCUCCCAGCCGAGACUGGAGCGCAGUUACGGUAGCCACUGUGGAAAUUCUCGAUGAAACACCUGCACCUGCAAAGGAGGGCGGCGAUGGCACGGCCGAACGUUCUCACGCAUCAUCCGCCUCUCCAAGAGUCACUCGCUCACAGACCGAAAAGAUCCAGAGCGCGCGGACGACGAGUGUUACCAGGAGCGCGGCGCCCUCGCCUUCGAGCCAGGACCUGCAACCGACCACGAAGAGCAAAGGCAAAGUGCCUCGCGAGACGACUCGCUCGCCGACGGCCAAUGGUGUCGAAAAAGCGCCAACAACGUCCAUCGCCUCCAGGGAGACGGUCGUUCGCGGUGGAAGGCUACUCGUCCGUCACGUCGCGGCAGGGGUCUGUGAAGACGUCAGUGCUGCUGGUGGAAGGUGCUCUGUAUCCUCUGCUCUUUGGAUAUGGCAAUCAUUGCAUGUCAUUUAA